AUGGCAACAAUCGCACGCCGAAUCGUCAGCGGCCAGAAGGCCCGCUUCAAGGACCCUCUGCUCGAUCUCGACCUCGAUCUCACCUAUGUCACCGAUCACAUCAUCAUCAUGGGCUUCCCUGCCUCCGGUCUUCAAUCGCUUUACCGCAACAAACGUUCCGACGUCCGUCGCUUCCUCGACAAGCGUCACGACGACCUCUACCGCGUCUACAACUUCUGCCCUGUCACUGAAAACUCUUACGAUGCCGACGAGUUCUACGGAAGGGUCUCGCGGUUCCCCUUCCCAGACCACCACGUUCCACCGCUCAGCUUGAUCCCGCUCUUCGUGGCCGACAUUACCGAUUAUCUAGAAUCGGAUCCCGAUGCGACCGCUGUCAUUCACUGCAAAGCCGGAAAGGGAAGAUCAGGAACCAUGACAUGCUGCUAUCUUGUCUCGUUGCCUUACUUGCCGACUGCUCCUACCAGCAUCAGGAACUACAGCAAGAUGCAGCGUCCGCCACAGCAGUCUGUCACUCCACCGCCUGCCCUCGCACCUAUCGCCUAUGCCAACGGUGCAACAGAUGAGCAACAGUCGGGCUCAACACAGACAACGCAGCCUCAGACUCCUCUACGAAGCAGCAGUAUGACUUGGCAAAUCUCUCGUUCGGCAGCAUGGACCAAUGCCGCUUCUUCCACCGUCUCUUUCAGUGCUGGCUACACCAUGCCUUUUCCAACCAGCGGCACUUUGCGACGACGACCCUCUCUUGCACCGGAGCAAAGCAUCAUCCGCAACGACGACCACAACCCAGAAAUGGAAAUCCAACAGAUCUCACAACGACUCCAAACCAUCUUUGACCUCCACACCGAACGUCGUAUGAAGCCUCAAUCCCAUAGCAAACCUAGUGGUCGUCAGCGUGCAAGGUCCAACGCAGCAGGGUUGCGACCCUCUGCUCACUCCACGGGUGCGAUGCCUUCUGCUGCCACUUCCACUCUUUCGCUUCGUGCACUGGGUGCUGGUCCAGCAGGCCGCAGCUGUGAUGCGCUCCACAUGUCAGGCCAGAGCACCAACGAUCUCAGUCUCAGUAUGCACUCUCGUUUCCCCACGCACAGCAGAGCCAGCACCAGCAUGCCCUGCUACCAACCAGCUGAUACUAGCAUGAGCACGUCCAUCGUCGAUGCUUACAGCAACAACCCUUACCGCCAAGGCAGCCACGUCCGGGGAUCGGAAGACGACCAAGAAUCCAUCGCAGUCAACCAGAACACGGAAGAUCACAGCGACACCAAGAAACCCAAAAUGGGCGUUUCCAUCCCCUCCCAACGUCGAUGGGUUGGAUACUGGACCCGCAUUCUCUCCGGUCGCGACGCACGCCUAUCCAUGACUUCAACCAUCCGUCAACCUCGUCGACAAAUCCGCAUCACUCGCAUUUCUGUCGAACGUCGUUCCUCCCCCUCAUCCAACUCCAAAGGCGUCCAAUCUCUAUUCGAGAAACUCGUUCCACACUCUGACUCACUCAGCGUCCAACUCGUCCGCUAUGACGAUUCCCUCGUUGACCGUCUCGAAUCGUGGGAGCGACAGGCACGACGCAGAGCCAAAGCUUUCGGUCAACACGACCCUUCCGGCCUAGCAGGCGAUCUCAAUGCUGAACAACAACAGCAACGGCAGUACCUCAAGUCUUUGAGACGUAAGGCUUCUGCUUUACAAUGUUGGGAUGGAAACAAGUUCAGUUCGGAACACGAGACAAAGAUUGGCAAUUGGGGGAUCCAGGUAGCGGCGGAGGCGGAAAGAGCUAGAGCUUUCGAUUGGAGAGAUGAUCAACCUCAACUACAGUAUUUCAGUUUGUUAGCUGAGAGUCAGCCGAGACAAGUGCUAGAGGAGGCAGUGGUGGAUGGGAAAGGGAAAAAGGGGGACAAGGUGUGGAAGUACACUUUCGAGCCGAAAGAGGAGAGUGGCAAUGGGAGACACUCGUCGGCAUCCAGCGCUGAUUCGGGGUAUUACUCUUCCUCUACUAACGCGGUUUCGCCGGGUGAAGCUGCUCCAGCAGGACCUUCUCGCCUUGCCCCUCCCUCUGACCCAAGCCCAGGAGGUCCGCUGAGGAAAAUGACCCGGAAAGCAUCCUCAAUCUUCACCCGCCCCUCUCCCUGCGACGAGAUCACACCCCCGUCAUCCACAUCUUACCUCGCCCACCAUCCCACCUCUUCCUUCCCUUCCUCCACCCCCCUCUCAGUCGGCCAAGUAUUGGACGCAGACAGAGAAAUUUGCAUCAAAGUCCUCGUCGGUCGCACCGGUUCGAAACACUCCAAACUCCCUGACAUAGCCUCAGCCGGAUGGUGUUGGUUGAUCCCUUCAUUCGAAGAUCCUGACGCUGGAGUGGCAGGCAUGGCUCGAGUCGGAGCAAAGACUCAAAUCCGAUUUGAAAAGGAUGAGAUCGAUUUCAGAAAACAACCUCUAGGAUUGAUCGCGAUUGAGAUCGAAUGGGAGUGGAUUAGUGUCGGUGUUGACGAGAAUGCUCAUGAUGACGAUGCGAGUGAUGAUGAGCAUUACUAA